AUGGCUCUGAGGAUGCUCUGGGCUGGACAGACCAAAGGGAUCCUAGGAGGCUGGGGGAUCAUCUGUUUGGUGAUGUCUCUUUUCUUGCAGUACCCAGGAGUCCACAGCAAGUGUUACUUCCAAGCUCAAGCCCCCUGUCACUAUGAGGGGAAAUAUUUCACCUUGGGUGAGUCUUGGCUCCGCAAGGAUUGUUUCCAUUGCACCUGUCUGCAUCCUGUUGGUGUGGGCUGCUGUGACACGUCUCAGCACCCCAUCGACUUCCCUGCUGAGUGUGAGGUACGUCAAGAGGCAGGAACCUGCCAGUUCUCCCUGGUGCAAAAAUCAGACCCUCGGCUGCCCUGCAAAGGGGGAGGACCCGACCCAGAGUGGGGCUCAGCUAACACCCCUGUUCCUGGGGUUCCUGCUCCUCACUCCGGCUAAACUCAACUGAUCACCUGUCUGCAGACUGCUCACUGCUGUUGCCACUUCCAGGGAAACCACUAGCAGCUGCCAAUUUAUUCUGAAUAAAUAAAUUAAUGCUAUAGCUGA